AUGGAGGAGGUCUUGGAGAGGCAAGAACGAGAAAUAACAGAAAGAAGGCGUAGACGAGCUGCAAGCAAAAGAGUGCAGAGAGAACUAGAUCAGCUAAUUGUCAUGGCUGUGGGUUUGCUUGAUGAAGAAAACCAGAGCAGUCGUGGUUCACAUGAAGGCUGUGCACCGAAUGUUGACAGACAUGGGCAUUCUCGGGGUAAGAAUCUUAUGGAAGAUUAUUUUAUCCCAACUUCUCUGUACUCUGAUAGAAAUUGUGUUGAUGUUUUGGGACUGCUUCCCGAACAAAAGUUCACAGCUGCUAUACGAAUGUUGGCGUAUGGUGCAUCUGCUGAUCAAGUGGAUGAGAUUGCCUGGAUGGGGAAGUCCACUGCUUUGGAGUGUUUGGUUAGAUUUUGUGAUGCAAUCGAAACUCUGUACACCAGAGACUACCUGCGCAGACCUAUGCCCAGGGACAUGCAACGACUUCUACAGAAAGCCGAAGCUAGAGGCUUUCCAGGAAUGAUUGGUAGCAUCAACUGCAUGCACUGGCAAUGGAAGAAUUGUCCAACUGUUUGGCAAGGCGAUUAUGGGAAUCGGAAAGGCCAAAAAAGCAUCAUCCUUGAAGCCGUUGCAGGAUUCGAUACAUGGGUUUGGCAUGCCUUCUUCGGAGUUGCUGGAUCUCAAAAUGACUUGAACGUCCUAGGUCAAUCCCCGGUGUUCAACGAUGUUUUGAAAGGAGAAGCCCCGCAAAUCACCUAUCAAGUCAACAAUACCGUCUAUCAGACUGGGUAUUAUCUAGCUGACGGCAUCUACCCGAGGUGGACAACAUUUGUGAAAACACUUCCGCAUCCCUAA